AUGCCCGCCAAAGGCAACUGUUUGGGAAUUCUGCCCUUUGGUCAGAAUCUGUUCGCGAAAGGAUUUUGUUUUGUGCUGCUUGGUGUAUCAUUGGGAUUUUCGAGCUACUGGCGCUCCAGCUUCGACUAUGAAUUUGACUACGUUUUCCUGAACGAUCGAUUCUCCAGAACCAUCGACCUGAGCAACUUUGUUGCCCUAGUUUUGGGUCAUGCUAUCAUCGUAUUGGAGCUACUGUGGGGAAAUUGCAGCAAAGAUGUGGAUAGGCAACUUCAGGCGAUUCAUACCCAAAUAAAACUGCAACUGGAUACUCCGAAUAGCACGGAUCGUGUGCGGAGAUACUGCAAUUGGAUCUACGGAUCCGCCCUCAUCAUACGAUGGCUACUAUUUAUCGUAGUGACUAUAUAUAGUAAUCGUGCUCUUACCAAUUACGCCACCUACUCGGAAUUGGUUUUGCUGGCUCCUUUUACCGAGUUCACACUGUACUGUGCUGUGAUUUGGUUUAUUUAUCAAGAACUUAUCGUUGGAGGCUCCAAUGUCCUGGAUGAAUUGUACAGAACCCGUUUUGAGAUGUGGUCCAUACGCCGCUUAUCCCUGCAGAAAUUGGAGAAGGUGCAGGCAAUCCAUAACUCUUUGUGGCAGGCAAUCCGUUGUCUGGAGUCCUACUUUCAACUGAGCCUGAUCACCCUGCUCAUGAAGUUCUUCAUCGAUACUUCUGCCCUGCCAUACUGGCUCUACCUCAGCAGAGUUGAGCACACAAGGGUGGCUGUGCAGCACUACGUCGCUAUGGAUGAGUGCAUCAAACUCUUAGAGACUAUAGUGCCCUGCUAUCUCUGCACGCGAUGUGAUGCACUGCAGCGAAAGUUUCGAUGUAGUAGUCAACUAAAUGCGGCUCUUAGAAGUUUAAACCUUCAGAUGAGUCAGGAGAAAUAUAAAUUUUGUGCAGGAGGAAUGGUGGACAUAAACACAGAUAUGCUGGGAAAGUUCAUUUUUGGAAUGAUCAGCUAAAUUGUGAUCUGCAUCCAGUUUAGCAUCAACUUCAGAGCCAAGAAAAUGAGCACAGACUGUCAAAACAUCACAUCCACAAGUGCCCCCGUUUAA